UUGCAAAUUAUUCCUUUUUCAAAUAUUCUAAAAAACAACUCAUGCAAGCGUAAAAAUUUGUUUUUGAUAUAUGGGAUUUUUGCGAAAUUGACAGGUUUCCAUUGUGUGGAAUUUCAAUUCACAAUUUUAGUUUGCACAAUUUGAAGGGUAAUGGAAAUGGAAACGCAAACAGGGGUCAGUGUGACUAGUAAGUGCUCAGAGUAUUACCAGAUACGUAAUUGUCCAAAACAAUGUAAUGGUACAUCCCUCCUAAGAUCUAGAUGAGUGGACGUCCAAAAAAUGGGGAUGGGUUCCUAAAGAAAAAAAAAAGAAUAAACAAUGUUGACAAGAAGUUCUGAGAUUACAGGUUACAACUCUUUCAGUAGUUUAGUAGGUAUAGGAUCUAGCUUGGAUUUGAUGCCUUUUGUGUCUAAAUGUUUUAAUGUCUGUUGCUUCAUGCUUUUAAACUGGUGUUAACUUGUAUUUGUCUCUUUUCACCUCAGACCCGAUGGCGCUGAAAGAGGAGACUCAAGAACUGAAUGAAACAAAAGACAAAGAUCAAAAUGAGAAACAGCAUGAUUUCAAAUCUGAAGAAGAAUCAAUUAGUUGCUCACAAACUGAAAAGACUUCCUCACCAAAAAAAGCUCAAAAAACACAAAACCUUAAUUCUGAAAUGAAAAAUCAUGCUGGAGAGAGCUCUUUCACCUGCCAACAGUGUGGAGAGAUUUUCAAUCAAAAAGAAAGCCUUAAAGUCCACAUGAAAAUACACAUUGAAAAGAAACCGUUAAUAUGCCCUCAGUGUGGAAAAUGUUUUACACGGAAAAAAAACCUUAGGACACACAUGAGAAUUCAUACUGAAGACAGACCUUACACCUGCUCUCAGUGUGGAAAGAGUUUCAGGCUCAAAGAAAGCCUAAAGACUCACAUAAGAAGUCACACUGGAGAGAGACCUUACACCUGCAAACUGUGUGGGAAGAGUUUCACACAAAAUGGACAUCUUACGACUCACAUGAGAGUUCACACUGAAAAGAAUCCAUUAGUAUGCUCUCAGUGUGGAAAGUGUUUUGCACAGAAAAGAACCCUUGAUGCCCACAUGAUCAUUCACACCGGAGAGAGACCUUACACCUGCCCUCAGUGUGGAAAGAGUUUCAGAUACAAAGAAAGCCUAAAGACUCACAUAAGAAGUCACACUGAAGAGAAACCAUUCACAUGUGAUCAGUGUGGAAAGAGUUUCAGAUAUAAAGAAAACCUUAAUAAGCACAUGAAGAUUCAUUCAACAGAGAACGGUUUUAAAUGUCAUCAGUGUGAAAGAAGUUUUACAGACACGAAUCACCUUGAGGAUCAUGUUAAAAUACACAUCGGAGAAAAGCCUUUCAUGUGCUAUCACUGUGGAAAGAGUUUUUCAAGAGAAGAUAACCUCAAGGUUCAUUUGAGAAUUCACACUGGAGAGAAACCUUUCACCUGUGAACAAUGUGGAAAGUGUUUCAGGGUUAAAGAAUACCUUCAGAUUCACAAGGUAGUUCACACUGGAGAGAAGCCCUACAAGUGUCCUCAAUGUGAGAAGAGUUUCACAUGUCAAGGCAGCAUGAAACGUCAUUUGAAAACUCAUUCUGGGAAGAAACUGCCAUUUUCUUCAGUGUGAUGAGGUUUAGAAAAAGGAGCAAUUACUAUAAUCAUCUGCUUAUCCAUUUUGAAAGACAUCAUUUUCUUUUGUGCAUAUGCAUUCAUAUUUACUCUUUGGCAUGAUAAUACUUUAUGAUUUGCAUAUGUUAUAAUAGAAGACUUUGGGCAAGUAAUAAAUCCGAAUGUUUGGUAACUAGCGCAUACUAUGGAAUCAUACUAGCUCAUGUAAAGUUAGUUUAAUCUUGGAUGUUAAUUAUUGGUUUUAUUAAAAUAUUAGGUAGUUUACUACCAUUGCAUUAAACUGAGUGAAAUGGUGGCUUUUGGUUAUGUCUCCUGCAGACUAGAAGCGUUUACGACCUGCUCUGUUAAACUUUUCAUUUAUGUAUUUUCAAAUCCCACCGUUUUUGAUCUCCUUGGGCAGCUUUUGUUUAUUAAUAGUUCUUCGUACUAUAAUCUCACGCAGUAUGUCAAAGGAAAAGGGUAAAUCAGGGGAAAAAGAGGCGGACCAACAUCUCGGACAUCUAGAGAUCACUUUCUCUGGGCUCCGAAAGGACAACAAGUGGCUGCGGACUAAAGUUUCAGACUUAGAGGGGCAUAGCCAACGGCAGAAUGUUCGCAUCAUGGGCCUACCUUUGAAGUCCAUUGAAGGUCGACGUCCAACGAUCUUCUUCUCCCAACAUCUUGUUGAGGUUUUCUGCCAUCAGAUUUUGUCGUCGCUGCCUGAGCUGGAUAGAGCUCUCCGAAUCCCUGCUCCCAAGUCUGCUUCAGGGCAAAGACCACAUCCGGUUAUUCUACGGUUCCGUCACUACCAGGUGAAGUAUUUGGUUAUUCGCGAGUCCCGUAAGAAAGGUGUCCUGACCUAUCAAGGCCACAUGAUUCCGAUCUUCGAAAGACUAUAAUCCUGAUGUCCUGAAGCUGUGCAGUGAGUUCAAAGAUGCCAUGGUGGAAUAUUACAAAUGCAGACUCAAUCUGGCUGGGAAGAGGAGAGCAGGUUAAUGCAUCACACUUGCUAAUGGUGAGAAAAUGUGGUUGCUAUCUGCUUCUGAAGCCAACAACUUUGUUCGGAGUUUAGAAGCAAAAUAUUUUACAUUGGAGCUUUGGACCGUGGCCAGUAGCUAUGUUUCCAUCCAAAGAUGCGAAUUUAACUUAUGCACAGAACUGGAAUAUCGCAUUAAACAUUUGCGAAAAAAAAGCACCAUUUACAUCCAACGAGUCAAAGAGAACAAAAACGUCACUUCCUGAUAAACUGGCACUAAAUAUCUCAUAAUUUUCAUAUGUAAUAAAUUACUUGCGUUUCAGAGAGAGCAGACCUAAAACAAUAAAUACGGUCAUUGCUUUUAGAGGUUUUAGAGGCUGUUUGGGAACGCAGUCAUGUAAGACCAUAAUUAUACAGAAAUACUUUGAUGACAGACUUUCCUCAGGCAUUUCAGAACAUCUAAACAAAAUAUAGAUACUAUGAACAAGAUCAGUCCGCUGGUUAGUCAGUUUGUCCCAUCUCAUAGCACAAAGUCACAUGACUUUUUCAAUGUGUAUCGUGGAAUUUAUUUGGUAAAUGUGUUUAAAUGGAAGUUUAUGCGCAUCCAGUCCACAGAAUAUUUGCCCAAAAAUCAAGAUAAUUUUUGGCAAAUGCGAGACAAGUCUUUGUGUUCUUUUUGGUCAGCAGUGGCUUUUGCUCUCCCAUGGAUGCCAUUUUUGCCCAUUCACUUUCUUAUUGUUGAAUCAUGAACACUGACCUUAAUUGAGGCAAGUGAGGCCUGCAGUACUUUCCCAGCUGGCAUUUCAACGCUGAAACAACGUCAGGUACCAUGGUUGAAUCAACGUUGUAUUACUGUUUCGAUUUUGCAAAUUGGAUCAACGUUGAAAUCGUGACAUUGUUUCACCGUCAUACCUUCAUCAUGGUUGAAUUUUGGUUGUUCUGUAGAUGUUGGUUUAACGUUGAAUUAGGUGUUGAUUUUGCAAAGUUAAUCAACGUUGAUAACGCGCCGUUGUUUCACCAUCGUACCUUUCACCAUAGGUA